GAUGACUCCCCCGAACCAUUUCAAGUAGUCUUCCCCUCCGGUUCCCAUAUUCGCCUCCAGGGCUUUCUCUUCGCAUAUAAUCUCACUCCCAAUUCUCAAUCCAUUUCUUCUAUUCAUCGAAGCAUCUCAUCGAAGGCGCAAGCUUAGCUCCACCAUGGCUCUCUCUUCUCGUCUAUUGUCCAAAUCCAAGCAGGUGCUUGGCAGUCAAAGUAUUUUACACCAGGGGCAUGCUUUUCCUGUUCGUCAUUUUGCAAAAGAGGCUGCUCCGCCCGCUCUCAAAGGAGAUGAAAUGCUGAAGAACAUAUUUUUGGAAGUGAAAAAGAAGUUUGAGACAGCAUUGGCUGUUUUCAAGAAAGAGAAGAUCACAAUUGAUCCAGAUGAUCCUGCUGCUGUAGCUCAAUACGCUAAGGUCAUGAAACUGGCGAGAGAGAAGGCAGAUCUAUUCUCAGAAUCACAGCGAAUCAAAUACACAAUUCAGACAAGAACCCAAGACAUCCCUGAUGCUAGAUCAUACUUGCUGGCACUGAAGGAGAUCCGGAUUAAGAGAGGUCUCAGUGAUGACCUUGGUGCAGAAGCUAUGAUGUUUGAUGCUCUGGAGAAGGUUGAGAAAGAAUUAAAGAAACCUCUCUUGAGGAAUGAUAAGAAAGGAAUGUCUGUUCUUAUGGCCGAGUUUGACAAAAUCAAUCAAAAGCUUGGUAUUAGGAGGGAAGAUCUGCCCAAGUACGAGGAGCAGUUGGAACUUAAAAUUUCCAAGGCUCAACUGGAAGAGAUGAAGAAAGAUGCUCUUGAGGCAAUGGAAACUCAAAAGAAGCGUGAGGAGUUUAAAGACGAUGAAAUGGUGGAUACCAAGUCGUUAGACGUGAGAAACUUCCUGUAGAUUUUCAAAGCUAUUUUCAUUUGUUUUGUGGUUGAGAAAAAUCUGUCAACAGAACUGAUUCGGCUGUUUAUGAACACCGGGAUACAUCUCUUUAGCUUUAAUAAGAAAAGCACCUCUGAUGUUGGGAGUGCAUCAUUUGGCUGAUGUGUGUUCCAACUCGUUAUUUUUAUUUUUUCUUUUUGUAAUUCAUCCUACCAUGUUACGUUGCCAGGUGAUAACUGGAUGGAUAUUGACAAGAAAUUUUCAUUCGAUCAUUUGGCUGAGUGUUUCCCA